ACAGUGCGCAUGUGUGCGGCUGUGCUUUGGCUCUUCGGGUAAAGAUGGCGGAGCGCGGGUACAGCUUUUCGCUGACUACAUUCAGCCCGUCUGGUAAACUUGUCCAGAUUGAAUAUGCUUUGGCUGCUGUAGCUGGAGGAGCCCCGUCCGUGGGAAUUAAAGCUGCAAAUGGUGUGGUAUUAGCAACUGAGAAAAAACAGAAAUCCAUUCUGUAUGAUGAGCGAAGUGUACACAAAGUAGAACCAAUUACCAAGCAUAUAGGUUUGGUGUACAGUGGCAUGGGCCCCGAUUACAGAGUGCUUGUGCACAGAGCUCGAAAACUAGCUCAACAAUACUAUCUUGUGUACCAAGAACCCAUUCCUACAGCUCAGCUGGUACAGAGAGUAGCUUCUGUGAUGCAAGAAUAUACUCAGUCAGGUGGUGUUCGUCCAUUUGGAGUUUCUUUACUUAUUUGUGGUUGGAAUGAGGGACGACCAUAUUUAUUUCAGUCAGAUCCAUCUGGAGCUUACUUUGCCUGGAAAGCUACAGCAAUGGGAAAGAACUAUGUGAAUGGGAAGACUUUCCUUGAGAAAAGGAGGGAAAAAAAGAACAUUGAAUCUGGAAUAAAACAUUUGGGGAGACAAAUUUUUAAAUGAUUUAAUGAUAACAGUACGACAGUAAAAAAAAUUGUGAAACCAAAUGCCUGGAGUUGAAGGUAUAUUAAAUAUUUGAUACAUGUGCUUGAUAAAAAGUGGAGCACUAUGUGAAAAUCUGUCGGUGCCCAAGUACAAGCUGCUCUCACUUAUUUCCAGCUGUAUUCUAGUCUCAGUGUUACUGUAGUCCUUCGGAACUCUCCAAGCUUUUGAAGAAGAAAAUGUUUUAUUUCUUGAUAUGUAAUAGUUGCACAUAUUUUUGCAGUACAUGUGAUAUUUUGAUACCUGUAUGCAGUGUCAAAUCAGGGUAAUUGGAUAUCCAUUACCUCAAACAUCUGUCUUUUCUUUGUGUUGGGAACAUAGCAGAUCUUCUAGCUGUUCUGAAAUAUACAGUAAAUUGUUAACGAUAAUUUCCUGACUGUACUAUUGGACACCAGAACUUAUUCCUCCUGUCUGACCGUAUUUUUAGACCCCUUAACCAACUUCCUUCAUUUCUUCUUCCCUUCUCCCUUCCCAGCCUCUGGUAACCACUGUGCUACUCUCUCCCUCCAUGAGAUCCACUUUUUUAGCUCCCACAUAUGAGUGACAACAUGCAAUAUUUAUCUUUCUGUGCCUGGCUUAUUUUGCUUAACAUAAUGACCUCGAGUUCCAUCCAUGUUGCUGCAAAUGACAGGAUUUCAUUUUUUUAUGGCUGAAUAAUAAUAAAAAAUUUCGUAACUCUGUUUAACAGAUGAGCCUUCACAGUACAUUUUUCACGUAACGUUAAGGUUAUUAAAAAUCUUAGGCCUGGGUUUAAAUGGUAAACUUAAUCUUAGGCUCUUAAAGCACUUUUUCAUUUUUCUUUUAUAUAUUAAUGAGUCUUCCAAAGAUUUCACAUUGUUAUUACAUGAUAUGUUAUGAUUUGUUUUAUUUUUUGUUUCAGAGGCAUUUUAUUUAGACAACUAAAAAUAAUUAGAUGUUCAGAACCAGUGUACAAUGAAAGAAAUAAAACCAGUUACUUUAUCAUGUAUUCCCUCUUUACAACCAAAGCAAAAAACAACAGCAACAAAGACAUUCUGCUUUAAGGGAAAAGUCAGACAAAUAAGCCAAUAUAUUUUUCUUCUCCAUAAUGACAUAAACAGCUGCAAGAACUCUUAAUUGUAAUAAGAGAAGUCGGAUGUUAUCUUGUACAUAUUCAUUAAAAAGAUGACAGGCCAUUGUACUACAAGAGGAUAACUCAACCUCCCUUCAUCUGAUACUCUUGAGAUUUCACUUAUGGGUAACACCAUGUUAGUUGUU